UGCACCCACCUGACGUAACAGCGUUUGCAAAAUUCUGUGAUCUUUUGGCUCUUGCAUUUAAUUUACAAUUUAAAUAAUUAAACAUGCUAAAGAUCCCACUCACCCAGUUAGUAAGACAUGCAACUGCAAAACAGUUCCUGCGCAGCCAGACGCGCCUGCUGCACGUGGGUGAGGCCAAUGUAUUGACCAGCGACGUUGACAAGCACUCCACCGAGUACAAGGAAAAUGCCAGUGAGAUGAACAAGCUGCUGACGCAGCUGCGCACUUUGACCAGUCAGGUGUUAACAGGUGGCGGCGAUAAAGCUAUUGAGCGUCACACCUCGCGCGGCAAGCUCUUGGCACGCGAGCGCAUUAACCUGUUGCUGGACAAGGGCUCGCCCUUUUUGGAGCUCAGUCCGCUGGCGGGUCAUGAGCUCUAUGGCGAGGAGAUGGUUAAUGCAGGCGGCAUUGUUACGGGCGUAGGACGCGUCUGCGGCACGGAGUGCGUAGUGGUGGCCAAUGAUGCAACCGUCAAAGGCGGUAGCUAUUACCCGAUUACUGUAAAGAAGCAUUUGAGAGCGCAGGAGAUUGCGCAAGAGAACCGCUUGCCUUGCAUUUACUUAGUGGACUCCGGUGGCGCAAAUUUGCCGCGUCAGGCUGAGGUCUUCCCCGACAAGCUGCACUUUGGACGCAUUUUCUACAAUCAGGCCAACAUGUCAGCUCAGGGCAUUCCCCAGAUUGCCGUCGUCAUGGGCAGCUGCACUGCUGGUGGCGCCUAUGUGCCUGCCAUGGCCGAUGAGAGCAUUAUUGUCAAACGUCAGGGCACCAUUUUUCUAGCUGGUCCACCUUUGGUGAAAGCUGCCACUGGCGAAGAAGUAUCUGCCGAGGAUUUGGGUGGCGCUGAUCUUCACUGCAAGACCUCUGGUGUAACGGAUCAUUAUGCUGUGGAUGAUGAGCAUGCGCUUUACUUGGCACGCCAGGUGGUCAGCAACUUGAACCUAACUGCCACCAAUGCCUACAAUGAGCAGCUCUUGUACUCCAGCGGGCAAAACUUCAAGCUGGCUGCGCCGUUAGCUGAGAACGCUGUAGAGGAGCCAGUCUAUGAUCCACGCGAUCUGUACGGCAUUGUGGGCCCCAAUCUAACCAAAAGCUUUGAUGUGCGCGAAGUCAUUGCACGCAUUGUGGAUGGCAGUCGCUUUACUGAGUUUAAGAAACUCUACGGAGAGACAUUGGUUUGCGGUUUCGCCAAGCUCUACGGCCGUACCGUCGGCAUUGUUGGCAACAAUGGCGUGCUCUUCUCGGAGAGCGCCCUAAAGGGUGCACAUUUUAUACAGCUGUGUGCGCAGCGCAAGAUUCCUUUGGUCUUCCUACAGAACAUUACGGGAUUCAUGGUUGGACGCGAUGCGGAAGCCAACGGUAUAGCUAAGAACGGUGCCAAGAUGGUUACAGCUGUUGCUUGUGCCAAUGUUCCCAAGUUUACGGUAAUUAUUGGCGGCUCUUAUGGCGCUGGCAACUAUGGCAUGUGUGGGCGCGCCUACUCGCCCAGAUUCAUGUAUAUGUGGCCCAACUCCCGUAUCUCUGUCAUGGGUGGCACGCAAGCUGCCAAUGUGCUAGCCCAGAUUACGGAAGAUCAGCGUAAGCGUGCCGGCAAAGAAUUCAGCGAAGCGGAGGCGCAAAAGCUAAAGGCACCCAUUGUAGAGAUGUUCGAAAAGGAGGGAUCACCUUAUUACAGCACAGCACGUCUGUGGGAUGAUGGCAUCAUUGAUCCGGCCAAUACGCGACAGGUGCUGGGCCUCAGCUUGAAGGCUGCUUUGAACAAUGCUGGACAUGAAACCAAGUUUGGUGUAUUCCGCAUGUAAUGCGUCUGCGUAAUUUGAUUUUAACGUUGCAUUUGUGAGCAUUUAAUGCUCAAACUGUUGAAACUAUUGCAUUUAUUAGUUUUAAGUGAAAUGUUAUUCUUGUGAAAUUUGCCAAUUAAAAAAAAUGU